CAAUAGUAUGGGAAUUCUGUGUAGCGAUUGCGACGAUACUGAACAACAACACAACUGUUUCUCCCGACACGACAGUUACGCUCUGGCGCCACCCUUUACGGGAUACGAGCCCAACCGAGGCGCCGGCUAUGCGCUCCAACAAAUCAAGAAAGCGGGCAUUCGCAACAUUGUCAUGAUUCUGAGUGCGCCUCAUGCCCAAUUGCCCGCCAUUGCCGACCAUGCGGCCGAAUUGGGAAUGCUGGACGACAGCAAUAGUGGCAAGUACGUCUGGGUAUUGGCGGCCGAACGGACGCAACAGCUCAGUGACAUUAGACGGGUCGCCGCUUUGAACCACAACAUGUCGACAUUACUCCAAGGCAUGGCCACUCUGGUUCCUUUGGAUGGAUUCUUGUAUUCCAACUCGACAGAAGAAGAUGAUCGAUUCUUGCAAGCCUGGAAACAACAAAAUGCCUCCUUUGUCGAUCGAGUCAAUGCGGCGUUGCCCAUUCCACCCAAUCAAACGGGAUACUAUCGGGCGCCGCCGGAUUAUUUUCAAACGCACAUGCCCAUGCCGGGAGCGGGAUUCUUGUACGAUGCCAUUAUGACCGUGGCGUUGGGGAAAUGUGCCGUGAUACACAAACAACAGCAAGCACCCAAAGGAGAUCGUGGGCCCCGGUCGGAUGGCAGCGGUGGUCCUCCACCUGAAGGUGGUCCUCCACCUGACGGCAGUGGCCCUCCGCCUGAUGGAAGCGGUCCUCCCCCUGACGGCAAUGGCCCUCCGCCUGAUGGAAGCGGUCCACCGCCGGAUGGUGGUCCUCCACCGGAUGGCAGUGGUGGUCCUCCUCCAGAAGGCAGUGAUGGGCCUCCACCUGAAGAAGGUAGUGGUGUUCCUCCGCCUGAUGGAAGUGGUAAUAGUUACUGGGAGCGUCCAACAACAACAAAUGGCGAUGGAAGUGGGCAACGAAAACGACGAACACUCCUCAAAGGGGUUCGACAACAAAAGUCUCACGACCAACUGGAACAGCAAUCACAACAAUCACCAAAACAGAGGCGACUCCAGUCCCCCCCAAAGAAAAAGAAAAAGAAAUCCACCAACAAUCCGCUCCGAUUGGCCAUUAAAGAGCUAGACUUUGAGGGGGCCACGGGACGAGUGCGAUUCGUCGACCAGGGGGAAUACCCAGGAAACCGAGACACCGCCACUGUCGUCUUUGGAACCUACAAUUUUCGAACCAACAACGGCAAUGAGUCCACGUACCAUCUGACCGACAUUCAUCACGGUCUGCCGGACGAAACGGGGGAAUGGGUGGAUGGACCCGACGCUCCUUUUAUCUACUCGAAUGGUCUAUCGACGCCACCCGUGUUGAAUCGAGACUUGCCAGAACAAAACUAUCUGCAAAAGGGAGUCCACGUGACGGGCUUGUUCUUUUUGGCCGUGGCGUUGUUGGCAGCACUGGCGUCGGCGGCAUUGGUCAUUGUCAAGGCCGAUGCAGGGCCCAUUCGACAGUCUCAACCACCCUUUUUGCUACUGUUGAUCCUGGGAGCCACCAUCAUGUCCUUUGCGAUACUCACGUCGGCAUUUGAUGAAUCGUAUGGAUGGACCGAUUCCAUGUUGGAUGCGGCCUGCACGGCGACUCCUUGGCUGGUAUUUGCCGGAUACAAUAUUAUCUAUCUGGCGUUGUUUUCCAAGCUCUUGCGCAUCAACAAGGUCAUGCAGUUUCGUCGCGUACAAGUCACCGUGACCAAAGUGCUGAUUCCCUUUGUGGUCAACAUGCUCUUGACAGUAGCGAUUCUCAUUGCUUGGUCUGCGGCAGACCCCAGACAAUGGGUACGCUCGAUCAUUGAUGAAGACACUGCCGAAUCCUACGGGAAAUGCCAAAGCAACAAUUCGCUUCCAUAUCUGAUUCCAUUGAUCUGUCUCAUCGCCCUGUCCACCAUUGGGUGCGGUGUCAUGGCAUACAAAUGCCGUGAUAUCGAGGAACGAUUCUCGGAUUCCAACUACAUUUUUUACACCAUUUUUGUACAGAUUCAAGUCCUGCUUGUGGGGAUCCCAAUUUUGGUUAUUCUGGACGACGCUUCUGCCAACGCGGCGUAUCUCGGACGGUCCCUUUUGAUCUUUGUGAUUGUCAUGACGACGCUGCUGUUGAUGGUUGCUCCCAAAGGCAUGCGGAUAUGUUUUGAGAGUGCUGAACAAAAGACAUCGUUCCGGACGGCAGGAAGUGGGAAGGUCAACGUCAGCAACUUCAACGUUUCUUCCACUGCUAGCAGUAAGUCGAAAGAACUGGCAAUCGCCAGGGGAGAGUUCGAAGAGAUUGCGAAGGAACAUGCCGCAGAAGAUUGCUUCAAGGACGAUCGCGAAUCCGAGUCCGCCCUUUUCAGCAAUGAGUUUGUCGCAGAGCUUGCCGCAGAAGAAGCAGGGGUCGUCUUUGGUGACAAGGUACUUGGAAAGUAGCCAACGCACGCAAGACACCUAGAGAAGCUAGUGUGUUGACAGCAAGUGAGAUUGAAAGUCCAGAGCAACCAACCCAGCUCCACGGAUGAAAACCUCGUCAAGCCACCCUACGUUACCGGCUUGCAAGUAGGCACGUUGCUUCACAGAUGCCUCUCCAGUUAGCAGCCAGACCCAAGCUUCUGGCUUGUAUUGACGAAGGGCAGCUCCCGCAACGUUCAAUGAGCCCAGAAAACUUGGAAGCCACUUGCCACCCAUGCAUUAGUCGAGAUUAUAGUCUAGUAAAAUCCUGGUGUGUCCCUUUCU